AAUUUCAUAAUCGGUUCUCACUUCAUCACUUUCACAUCUCAAUGGGAAAUAAAGCUAAGGAUGCGGAAGUCAUACGAAUUUUGUCUAAUUUUGAGGAUAAAUUCUCGAGCAAAGUAAAAAUGUUUAUAAAAUUAAUUACAAUUGGAAAAACUGUGCAGGUUCUCGUUAAGUUGCAAUUUUAAGACCACAUCGAAUAAACAUUGCAUGCUCGAACUGUGAAAUCUGUGUAAAACUGCACGGAAAAUCGAUUUUUCCAACUGCAGCAACAAUAGCACCCACCACAGGCCAGCAGCUGUAAAUACGAUAUUUGCUGGGAAUAAAAAUGCAUAUUUGCAACGUCACUGCUGGAGUGCAUCGUAAUUAGUGGAAGCCUGCCAGAGAAAAAUCGCUGGAAAUUGUUAAACAAACAACGAUGCCGGAAAAUUUGGAACUGCAUCAGUUUGUGGACGGGUUUCGCCAUGGCGAAACUUCACACAAGCUACUUACCCGUCUCAAAUCCUCUCUAAACUGCCCCUACUUGGGUAUUAUACUAGCUACUCUCUCCUCGCUUUUCUUCUCACUAUGCUCAGUAAUUGUUAAGGGAUUGGUGGAUGUGAAUCCAAUGGAACUUGCUUCGUUUCGAUUUAUUGGUGUCUUACUUCCCGCAAUACCUAUUGUCGUGUACACGCGCCAUCCAGUGUUUCCCGAAGGCAAGCGUGUUAUAUUGUUACUACGCUGUUUUAUGGGCACCACAGGGUUAAUGCUAAGUUUUUACGCCUUCCGCCACAUGCCACUUGCCGACGCCAGUGUUAUCAUUUUUUCGACACCAGUAUUUGUAGCGAUUUUUGCCCGCGUUUUUCUCAAAGAACAAUGCAGUUUUUUCAACAUCGUAACUAUCGUACUAACACUGGUCGGCGUAGUUCUCAUCACACGGCCACCAUUCGUUUUUGGUGACGCCGCGCCUUCAAUGGAGACUGAACGGUUUUCGGGGAAAACCUAUGAUAUCUGGGGUCCAGUUGCUGCCAUAUCGUCCACAUUAUUUGGUGCCAAUGUAUACAUACUCCUGCGAGCCCUUAAAGGACUGCAUUUCUCUGUUAUAAUGACAAAUUUUGGUGCUUUUGCGCUUGUCUACACUUUCAUUGUGUGCGGCUCGAUUGGCGCCUUGUGUUGGCCGGCAUGUGGUCACGAUCGUUGGCUAGUUGUGGUUCUAGGUAUUUUUAGCUUUUUGGGCCAAAUAUUGCUUACAUUGUCGCUACAAGUGGAACAGGCUGGACCAGUGGCUAUAGCACGCUGUGCAGAUAUUGUCUUCGCAUUUAUAUGGCAAAUAAUGUUCUUUGGUGAAACUCCAACCGGGUUUUCGCUUUUGGGAGCAUUGCUGGUGGUGAGUUCAGUGAUACUAACAGCACUAAAGAAAUGGGCUCUAUCGCUGCCACGCGAAUCUACAGCCAGAAAACGACUACGCUAUUUAUUGCUGGAUUAAAGACCAUUCACACUCCUUCAAAAUAAAUCAUAUAAAAAGUACUAUAGUAUAUUAAUCUUAGAAGCGAAUUGUGGUUUCUCUCAUAGGAUUAUAAAUUUAAUAUUGCAUCUUCAUGGAUUAUUAAGUACUAACAACGGAUUAAAUAUUGGAUGUAAAGAAAAAAAAAGAACAACGUGUUUCAGAAGAUAAAAUCGAUAUAACUAUAAACACAAUAUUUAAUAGACCUAACUUAUUAAUGAAAUGUAUAAGAUGAAUAUGUCUAGCGUGACCCAUUUACUACAGUUCCAAUUGAAGAUGUACUAUAUAAUUAGUAAACGUAUGUGUAUGUAAUUAAUUUUUUUGUUGUAUGUACUUGUAUAUAUUUUGACGAAUACCACUUUGAUAAAACAUAAUUUAAGAAUAGUUAAUUUAUUUAAACACUUAUUUUAUUGAUACUGCUAUUGUAUAGUUGCAUAAAAUUGCAAUUGUAAAUCAAAAUAAAACGUAACGAAUAUUACUUAGACGAGUUUCCGUCGUAAAU